GUUCAGUUUUCCUGGAAUCUAAAUGGAGCUGCAGUACCUUCAGACCCACGCUACAGUGUUACCCAUGAUAGCCUCAUUAUUAGCCCAGUGGAAAGAAAUGACAAUGGAUCAUUUACGUGUAUUGCCAGAAACCGGGUGAAUAAUAUUACCAGCGGAGCCUUGACACUUAGCCUGGCCUGGCAUCCAGAGGGAUUAAUAAAGUGUUCUGCAAAUGCCAAUAAUGAAAACGUCCAGCUUCUCUGUUCCUGGCCGGGCGGCAACCCUCCUGCAAACAUCAACAUGACAUUUAAUUCUAGUAUUCAGAAUGGGAUAAAUGAGGUCGCCAAAAAUGUGUCGUUAAUCCCGCCUAGUUCUGAUCAGAGGCUCUUCUGCUAUGGUGCCCAGGGAGGGCUAGAGGUGGUCUGUGCUCUUACAUUAGCAAAGCCAUAUGUAUACGAUUUCAAAAAUUACAGCACAACUCCAGUGGUAGAAGGAAAUUCAGCAACGCUGACAGUCACAUUGACUGGCAAUACUGUUGGGAUUAAUUCUCGUGCCCCGAUACCAGAAGCUAAAAUCCUACCUGCAACCUUCACAUGGUUUCACCUCAAUCCUAAUCCCACCCCAGUGUCUGAAGGGGUGGUGUCCACUCCUUCUACAUCCAGUCUAACAGUGUCUUCAGUGACAGAAAAGGAAAAUGGAACUCAUGAAUGCAGAGCAGAGAACUUGAUUGGAAGCACAAGUUUCUUCUACAUAAUACAUGUGGAAGCCAAACCAAUUCCCCCUCCCUCUAAUGGACUGAGUCCCGGUGAGAUCGCAGGUAUUGUGAUUGGAGUACUUGCUGGAUUGGCUAUCAUCGGAAUAGUUAUUUUCUUUAUCGUAAAGGGAAACAAAACAAAUUCUACAAGAGCUCACAUUUAUGAGAAUACAGAAAAUCAGGCAUCUCACAUUUAUGUAAACACCAUGCCAGGAGCAGAGAUGGAGAAAAAUAAAUUCGCCACAGAAGAGCCCAGCUACCAGGAUUUGAUAUUCCAAGAUAAAGCAGAAUACAGCACUAUAAUUCCAGCACCUAAGAAAUAAGCCAGCUAAAGUAGUUUGGUGAAUCAGGAGACAAGAAUUAGAUGACCUCUGGGUUCCCAGGAACAAAACCUGAACAGAAUGGAAACCAUUUGCAAUGAAGAACUUUCUGUAUGAAUCUAACUGCAAAAUGAAUCAAAAUAAUCAGCCCUUACUGGCAUGUAAUGAAAAAUUAAAGGACUGGUUGUGUACCUCAUGGAAACUUUUUAAGAAAAUGCCAGCUGAGAUGAUAAGUUACCAGUGCAGAAAUGUAUGAAAAGAUGU